UUAACCUCUAGCUCUAAACCUUGCAGCUACUCAAGGCCUGUAUCUAAAACUCAUCUGCCAUUAAAUAAAAGACUAAAUAUGCUUGCACUUGCAAAACAGUUUCAAGAUGCAAUGAGUCAUCACAGUUCUACUCAUAGCCCAUCCAAAGUAGCAUUUCAAACUAAAACCACAUCCUCUUCAAAACGUAUCAUUAAACAAGGUUGGAUCCUUAAAAAGUCUGGCUCUAGUCUUUUUGCAAAAUGGCGUCAAAAAUAUCUUGUCUUGUCGCUAGAUACGUCUCGCACAGAUGUAAAGAAUCAAGAUGCACGGUACGUUCUGCAUCUGUAUGAUGACCGAGAUAUAUCGAAAUUGCCCAAACACGAAAUUGAGGUUGCAGACUUGCGUAUUGAUCCUACUGGUAAUGGAUCUGGGGUUGGAUCGUCUACAUCGUCAAGGUUGAAACGAUAUACAGCGCCGUUUGUUUUAUACUCUAAUAAGCGCAAGUUUUAUCUUGCUGCUCAGAUCCAAACAGAUCGCGACGAGUGGCUUGAUCUUCUUCAGCAACAAAGCAAUAAAAACAAUGGCGGCAAACUAUUGCACAGAAAUAGUGAGAGUCAUAAUCGUGAGCCAACCUAUGGUAUCUCACGCUCAGGAACUGUUCAGAGUAUGCGUACUCCACGUGCUCGUGCCGCCACAUUGAGUCGAUAUGUCACUCAAAACAAUACAGCUGGACCAGCUUCUAUUUCACGAUCAAACUCUCGAUAUAGUUAUUCUGGUAGCUUAUAUAGAGAUGAAAGCGACGCUCGGUCUGUCUAUUCCAACACAGAGUCAGAGUAUUUUGACGAUGAUGCUGUAUCGGUUGUAUCGGGAGUAUCCGGCGUCACUCGAACCACCAUCACUCCUAGUCAACGUAAUAGUCCGGAUGAAGACGACUGCAGUUAUACUUCCUCCAGAGUUGAGACUCUUUCAUUCAAUUCAGAACCUGUGUUGACUCCAUACGAGCUGACGGUUAUGGGAGAUCCACUGACUGCUAAAAAUAAAAUAAACUCUGCUCACCCCAUGCCUGUUCACAACAAGGACACGCUUCGAAAACGCCGUGCACCCAUGCAACUCAUGUCGUCCACAAUGGCGUAUUCUCAAAAAUCGUGGAAUGAAAAGUAUCAAGCACUUUUAUCCAUGCGGGCCAUUACGCCCGAGGCCUUGCUCAGUCGCGAUGUACAAAUCAUGGAUCUCAUUGGCAAUUUCCGUGAAAUUUCUGGAGACUAUGCACAAAAAAUUAUUGACGGGCUGCAUCUCCAAAACGGAUUGUCCAAUCUUACCAAUACCCCAAUGGAACAUGGUGGUAUUAUCUUUCAGUUUGCAUGCAACUAUGAUACAUCCAACCCAGAUGAAGUGCAUAUUGCAUUGAGUCGCAGUUCAAGAGAGCUAAAGGGUAUCGAUGCCGCGCUUCAGGCUUCGUGUCGAGCAGGAGAUGGCAACAUUCCUGUUUUGCGAACAAUUCUCAUGGCAUUGAUUGAUUACAAGGGAUUUCGAAUUAUUGCGCAUGCAGAUAUUGGCGGACUAAACCAGGUACAGGUGGUACAUGACUUGCAUCCUGAGCAUCCUAUUUUAGACGAUACUGCCACAAACUGUAUGGCUCUUAUUGGUCGCGAACUCAAUCUUAAGCAGCAUGCUGUACAAGUGAAUGUUGAUCGCCGUGUUCAAGUUCCACUGUCUGCAACUUCAGAAGUGCAUAUGGAUAGCAAAUCCAAAGUGAUGUAUCUUACAAGUCUUCAUGAAAUAUUUCCUAUUGAUCAUUAUGUUGAAGAUGGGCAGUCAAGAGCUGCUGAAUUGUCACAGGGCGUCAAAACUAUGUCGCUAUGCCACAAAGAUUUACUUGAAAAUGGUGAUUCAAACAUGUCCAUCAAUCUUAACCACCGGCUUAGGCCCGAGUUCCUUACCGUGUAUCAAACCAACCUAUGUGCAGAUGGACUCACUCCAACAUCUGGCUCAAGUCGUCGUGAAAUGGAGGAUAAUGAUGCACAAGUGAGUCGUGCUAGUCGAUUUCUUCGUGAAACCUGGAUUCCUGGAUUUGUUCGCACACUAGAUAGUCUGGAUGCAAGACCAUUUGACUCUGCUUCAAUGACAGGUGAAAUGCAUCGAAAUGGUGUUAAUAUGCGAUACCUUGGUAUGGUGUGUUCAUUGUCUACCAUUCCGUUUAUUCGCAACUUGGCAUUGAUUGAAAUGGUGGCACGAAUUGUAAAGUCUAUUUUACGCGAUCGUAUUCGUAGCGCAAUCCUUCAUUUUAAAACUGUCGGUGCAACACAAAUUGAUGAACAGAUGAGAUCCUAUGUUACAAGCAUGUUUAGUUCAGUUUUAGGCAACAGCGAGAAAUCCCAACGAUACUUUGAAGAUAAGAUUUGCAGUGCUUUGAAAUCCAAGUUUAGCUACCAAAUCGGAUAUCGACAGUUUAAUAACCUGCAUCGCCCAGCAUUGUUUUUUGCAAUGCAAUACCACUGUGGCGUUCAGUUUUCAGACUCUAUGGAUUACAAUUUUGAAUGCAGUACGCCUAUAUUACCUAGUAACUUUAAAUCGUUUACCGUGAGCGUCAAGACAUUAUCUGGGCUAGCUCAAAUUCAAUCUGUACCAAACUCUCGCUCGGCUACUACAACACAAAUAAUGACAGGAAUGCAGGGAAAUAGUAGUGUUAGCUCUGUAUCAUCUACUGGGUAUGACUAUAACGGUGGUGAACAUUCAGGUUCAAACGGCAAUUCAGGAAACCCAAAAGAAGAAGAAAGGCUAGCGUACUUGCUGGCGCGUCAUUUUAAAAGUGUCGGUCCCAAAGCCAAACUGAGCCCAUGCAAUGCAUCUGCAACUGCACUUUCUCAAAUUGCGUCAUACUACAAUUCCAUUGGACGCUUUGAAGAGGCAAGAAUGUAUGCUCAGGCAGCAGUGUCGUCUUCACUUGCAAAUCAUAUAAUAUAUGCACUUGCAUCGGCUCAGCUAUUAUUUGCCUUGGCUGGACUGCAAACCAAUGCAAUGGAAGCUCCCGAUACAACUAUUUUGGCUACAUAUCGCAAUGCUCUCAACGUAGCUGAAUGGCAUUGGGGAAGCGAAUCCCCACUGGUUCUAUGCCUUCAUGAUCACAUGUCGGCCAUUUAUCAACGAUCGCAAAAUCCACAAAAAGCGUUGGAAUACAUUCGUCAAAGUCUAGACAUUUCCAAAAAAUCAUUGGGCAAAAACCACGUUUACACGGCUGCAUACUUGACCAAAACAGCCUGUUUUCUAAAACUCCAAUCACAGAUUGACGAGGCAAUUGAUCGACUUACGCAAGCAAUACAUAUUUAUCAGAGUUUGAGAAGCGAUCCUGCCAAGAUUGCCGAGGUUCAUUUUUAUAUGGCCGAGUGUUUAGCUGAUCGAGGUGAUAUUGACGGAGCAAUUCAACAUGCACAGACAUGCAGAAGGUUACGAGAACGAAUGUUUGGAUUUUCAGAUAUCCGAGUGAUUGAGUCGUGCCAGCAGGUUGCGACAAUGGUUUUAGCUCCAUACGUUGAUUAUAAAGGGGUUUUGACACCCCAAAUUCGGCAAGCUUAUCGUGAUGCCAUUGGGUGUCAUGAAAAAGUAUUCCGGUAUCUCAAAACAGUAUCACAAAAGCAACCAAUUCCAGGUCAUUUUUAUGGCGGAAGGUACUCAUCCAGUGUAUCCAACCAUGGUGAUUCUAGUGGAUUGAGCAUGAUAGCCACGAUUCCCAUAAGUAAAGGCACCAUUAAACGCAAUCAAGUAUUUAAUCGACAGCAGAUGGUUUCUGGCGCAAUGAUGCAUACUGGUGGGGCGGUCGAUGGUCGCAUGAUGGCAUCAGAAGGCAGUAAUGGAUAUGCCACAUCAAUAGCGUCUAAUGGAAACUCCAACUCUUUAUUAUCACAAGGCUCUAGUGCACAGCUGAAAAACGUGUAUCCUGCUGCAUCAAAAAUGGUUUCAAGAGCAUGUAAUCUGCUGGGUACCAGUGGAUCGUCUUAUCCGAUUUCCGGCCCACUCAUUACGUCUCCGUAUGGAUGGACGUCUCCACUAAGCCGAUCGCUUAUGCACAAGCUUACCAAAGAUAUUGUGAAAUUGAAGCUAGCAUUACUUGAAUCACCUCGACACCGUGAAUGUGUUCGUAUGCUUCGUGCACAACGUCUUGCAGCAAGUUCUGGCACAUCCAACGUUGCCAACAACUACAGCAACCAGAGCUAUCUGAACCAGGAAGGGACAGAGUCGCUCAAUAGUGGAAUAGAUCCAGAAGAAGCACGUGGUGUGAUUCUUCGUCUUGCAGCACGAAUUGAUGAUGGGGAUCAUAGCGCUGUGGAAGAACUUCGUGUUGUUCUCAUGUUAACUGAAAGCGAAACCGUUGGACUGGUCGCAUGA